GCGGCAGCAGCACCUCGGACGACGCCGACGAUGACCCGCUCUACCCCCGCGGCCCCGCCCCUGGAGUCCGAUGGCGCGGAGGUGCGCCGCCAGCGGCCCCGACCUUCUCGGGGGAUCGCCGAGCGGACCCGCGCUGUUGGGAGCACUGGCGCGAUGCGGUGGCCGCCUGGAAGUUCCGAGUCAAGCACUACCUGCCGCUCGCUGAAGCGGCGUUGCAGCUCAGAGGUGCCGUCGCAGGGGAGGCGCUGAAGGAGAUCAUCUCCGACCCGCCGAUGACAUGGGCCACCCAGGGCGGCAUCGAACGUUUGGUUGAAGUUAUGCGCUCGCCCUUCGGCGAGGAGAAGAUUUUCCACACAGGUGACCUGCUGGCAGCGCGCGAGAGGAUCAAGAGGAGUCAUGGUGAGAAGCUCCACGCGCACUGCACCAGGCACGUCAGAGUUGAGCGUGCGCUCGAGCAGAUCAAGAUCAAUAUCGCCGAGUCUCUAGACGCCCAGUCUCGCGGACACCGCUUGCUGAGCACGGCGCUUCUCGGCGAAGAACAUGUUCGAGGUAUUCUUUCAAUUUCUCACAGUUACGAGUUCGACGGGAUCAUGAACGCCAGCGGGCGCCUGUACCCUGAGAGGGCGGCGGCGCCGCCAGUGGUCUGGCCGCGCCGCGAGAGGGCGCCGGGCGACAACCGCGAGCGAGGCCACGGGCAGGGGCCUGGCGGCGGCCCUCGGCGGCAGCAACCACCUGCGCCGCCCAGCCGCCCCGCCCUGCUGGGCAGGCCGUCGGCUCCGCGGCCGCCCCCGCCUCGCCACGCGGUGAACGCCACCGACGCCGCGAUCGAGGAGGACCAGCUCGGCGAGGAGGCUGCCGAGCACGAGGACGAGGUCGACGGCCAGCCAGAUGACGACGAGCCCAAUACGGAGGAGGCCGCCGACCAGGAACCCGCCGAGUUCGAUGAAGUGUACGAGGCUAUGACAGCCUUGAACGACGUUCUCGGCAUCACGUCUCAGAAGCUGAAGGGGGGCGCCGACCAGAUCGAACAGAGAAAGAAGACGGAGGCGUGCCUGAAUUGCGGAGAGCUCGGCCGCUGGGCUGGGGACGCCGCCUGCAAGAAGCCAGGCGCCAAGCUCGGACCGUCAGUCUUCAAGGGCCUGGCAGUCGGAGAUUCAAUCGAGUAUAUCGACGAGUUUGACGGUGAGAGUUGGAUGAUUGCCGAUACCGCGUGCCAGAGGAUGGUCCAUGGAUCCGCUUCGGGGGGCACUCGCGCCGAGAGGCUCGAAGACAGAUCCCUGCCCCUCGUCGAGCGGGCCGUCCAGGAGAGGUUCAAGUUCGGUGAGGGCCCCGAGAUCCACUCUGUCCUCCGAUGGGGUUGCCCGAUAGGCAUCGCAGGCGUGGCGCUCUGGGCUAGGAACUGCCAGCUCAUCGUGUGCAUCUCCGAUUUCCCGCACGAGUUACCCGACUUCUCGGAUUGGGACACCUUGGAUGAGGGCGCCACCCUACCCCCCGAUGCGAAGAUCAAAUGCGAACAACGUCGAGAGCGACACCUCGAGCGAGCACAACUGAACCAGGGGACCUCGGCGAGCGAGUCUACCAAGAUGGACGUACGACGACGCCAGCGACGCGUGCACUUCGACAUUGCCGACGACGGCCUAACCGAUUACGAGACCCCCGGGGGCGCCAUCGAGAUCGAGCGAUCCGAGUCGACUCUCCAGCCAUCCUCGGUCAAGCAGCCGAGUCAGGCCUUCCGAGCUUCGUUGAUGACGGGCCCGGGCUUUCGGAACGCGUUCUUGAAGGCGACGCCGCUCCUGGCUGCCUUCGUCAAGGGAUGCACCGAGGGUCUGAAGGCGCACGAAGCCUACCUGGACAUGAAGGCGCCCAAGAGACGCGAGCCGCGCGACCACAGGGGCUCGAACACGGGGGUCUCGACCAUCAAGGAGUACUGCGCGGGUCGCCACGGGUGGCGCGCCAGGGGAACAUCGCCAAGCGCGCACCUCUUCGGCCUCACCGCUCUGCAGCCCGUCGACCUCAUCUACGGCUUCGACCUGGGCACGGUCGCUGGUCGACGGAGAUGGAACCACGCCAUCAAGACGUUCAAGCCGCUGGUGGUUAUCAUGGGUUUCCCCUGUACGAAGUGGUGCUGGUACAACUACGCGAUUAGCUACCGUGACUUCCCCGACCUCCUCGCUUCCCUCCAGGACGAGGAUCGGCCGCUGCUCAAGCUCGUCGCAUGGACCGCUCUCGAGCAACAGAAGAACGGCAUGUACUUCCUCCUCGAGAACGCCGAUAGCAGCCAGGCGUGGGAGCAGCCCGAGUUCGACCCGCUCUGGAAGGACCACCACACCGUCUGGGGACGCGGCGACAGCUGCCCCUACAACCUCAGGGCCCUCAACGGUGAGCUGAUGCGUAAGACGCGGACGUGGGUAAGCAACCACCCCAAGUUGCUGGGGUCGGUGACCCGCAGGUGCGAUCGCAGCCACGGUCACGCUGAAGUUCAAGGGCGCGAUACUUCCCGCUCUCAGGUAUUCACCGAGGAGCUCGCAGACAGCAUCCUGACCGUCGUGCAGCAGAUGGACAGCACCCCCGCGGACUACCACGACCAGCUCUACACCGCCUGGUUCGUCGACGUCGACCGCGACACCGACGAGUGGCAAGUUGUUCUCACCCAGACGAUGCUCAUGAUGGAGGAUCGGACCCGGGACACCUGGGAGCUGCCGCCAGGCCGCGAGAUCUACCAGCGCAUCCAGGACCUCGUGCCAUGGGAGCUCGUUCGAGUGCAAGCCGCUCGAGUACCGAAAGCGCGUAGGCAUGCAGUGGACAUCGUCUACCGCCACCGCGGCAUGGCCGCCAUCGCCCACGCAGGUAACAUCAUCGUCGAGACUGAAGCUUUGAAGGACGUCCAGUACCCGAAGCUCCGCUUCAGCGAGCCGAUCGCCCUCGCCAUCUUCUUCUUCGGGAACGCGCCUGGGUCGGCCAGCGCCGACGGCGAGCUGCCUUCCGAGGCACCGCAGCCAGGACCUGCUGCUGCCCAAGUUCACCCUGAGAGCGCCGCGGAGCCUCCAGUGGAAGAGCCGGGCGCGCGUCCGCCGGCGCCGCCAGUUCAGGCUGCCGAUCCCGACCUCUCCUCUAUCGCAGGGUGCCGCGUCAAGUUCCCGAACCUCAGCGACGACAAGUGCCCCCGCGAGAUCAAGGGGGCCAAGCCAUCAGUCUACUUGGCGCUCGACUUCUUGAAGUGCGAGGCCUGCGAGCGGACUCACCCGCCAGCUAGGCCAAAGCCGAUCUCCGCGACGAUUAGGUACCUGGGUCAGUUCGGCGAACACCUCCAGGCCGACUUCUUUACUAUCGUGGACGUCACCAACACGCCGCACCACAUGCUCGGUAUCAUAUGCCUCAACAAACACCUCCACCGCGGGAAGCGCGUGGUCGACCGCUUCCCAGAGACAGCCGUGUCCGCCUUCCUGGAGGCAUGGGCUUUACCGUUCGGCAUGCCGAUGGCCAUCACCGUCGACAUGGAGGGCAGCUUCAUGGGCGACUUCAAAGAUCGGCUCGAGUCGUACGGGGUCAACGUUUCCUACUGCCCGCCCGACGCACAUUGGCAGAUCGGGACCGUCGAGAGGCAUAACGCGUCAUGGAGGUGGAUCUGGAAUCGGACAUGCGACGCCUGCGCCGCGAAGACCGCCGAGGUUGUCGACAUGACCACCAUUGCCGUCAGCGAGGCCAAGAAUAAUGCAGUUCGUCGGGCCGGGCGCUCCGCUAACCAGUGCGCCCUGGGAAGGACUCCUCGUAUUCCUGGUGAGUUGCUAUCCGACGAUCACGGCCUUGCCGUCGCCGCCAACGCCACUAACUCGCAGCACGUGAUGAACAGCGACUUCUACCGCAUGGAGGCCAACAUCCACACGGCCCACUUCAACUACGAGCAGCGCGUGAGGAAGUCGCUCCUCAGGAAGACCAGCUACUUGCGCUACGACCUUGACAAGCUCGUCGCAGGCCAGCAGGUUGGAUGCUGGCGCCGGGACGCCAAGAAGCGCCCCAGCGGCAAGUCGUCGCGCCCAGGUUUCGUCAUUGGCACCUUCCUACAGUGGGACGGCGGACAACAAGGACGCGGACUCGGCCGCAACGCUUGGGUCAGAGUCGGUCAGACCAUCAAGCUCUUCAGCCGCGAACAGCUUCGACCAGCCAUUGGUUUCGAGCAGUGGGUACCCGAUGCCAAGGACAUCGAGGUUCUCAAUAGCAGCUACGACCUCAUGAUGGACGACCUCUGGGAGGACGAGCGAGACGCCGGGCCCGCGCCCAACGACCUGGCGGCCACGAAAGACUUCUGCCUCCACAGCCUGCCGAUGCCGACCUUCCUGGAGCUCAGCCUGUCCCAGUCGAACCGCCGCCAGGCGGCCCCGCCUCAGCCAGAGGCGAUUCCGUCCGAGCCGACGCGGGUCGAGACCGGGGUUCCACGCACGACCCCCAUGGACGCGGAGGUCACCCUGGCCACUGACUCCGCCUCCGCAGAGCCGAACACGAUCGAGACCGAUCCGAAGGCCAGCGCCCCCAGGUCGCCUCGCAGCCGAGCCGCCGAACACGAAGUCCCUCCAGAGGCCGACCCUCCAGACGAGAAGAGGCCCCGCGUGUCUACCUUGUGCGCCCAGGCUUGGCUGACUUCCUUCUGGGCCACCGAGGUCGGGGGCAACGCCGACGGCUCCGAUGAGAUACCCGCCGCGUUCGCCAGCGUCAGCCGCUACGCCGACUACGCGGACGAGAUCGAGAUCAUCUACCAGGUGAAUGCCAUCGUCGCCGACGACGGGCCCAAGCUCCUCCUGGUGCCCGACUCCGAGGACGACGAGCCUGCCGACCAGAACCGGCCCACCAUGACGAGGGCCGAGCGGAAGGCCUGCGACCGCGAGAUACCAUGGCGCGAGGUCAUGAAUAUGGACGGCUCCACCAUCCAGAGCUUCCUGCAGGCCACGCGCAAGGAGUACAGCAACAGGGUCAAGUGGGCGCCGAUGGUCGCAGUGCCAGAAGACGUCGCCAAGGACAUGCUCAACUCGCCCGAGAUCCGCAAGAGCUGCUGCAUCUGGGCGCGAUGCUGCUAUCGUGACAAGAACUGCGGCCAAGGAGAGCUUGCUGCGAAAUGCCGGGGGGUCGCCGUCGGUUGCAGCGACCCGAGGCUCGAGGCGCUCGAGCGGAGGUCUCCGACUACGCAGCGCAUCAGUUUCUUCACAGCCUGCCAGAUCCUCGCCGGCAUGAAGAUCUACGACCCAGAGGGCAACUGGACCGCCUGCGUUGGCGACCUCGAGAACAGCUUCUUCCAGGGCAGCCGCGAGAGGGAGGACAAGGUCUACCUCAUUCCGCCGCGCGACCCACUGGUCAUCGCCACUGGCUCCUGGCCAGAUACGUUGUACGAGGUGACCGGCAACAUCUACGGUUUCGCCGACGCCCCGCUGGUGUUGUGUCGUCACAUUCGACGCAAGAUGUACGAUUUGGGUUUCGUGAGCCAUAGCCUGGGCGUGGCGUGUUUUCUGAAGUUCGAUAAGGGACGUUUAUUGGCCAUCGUUUUGUGGUACGUCGACGACAUGUUCGCCGUAUGCGCCAAGAGCGGUUUCGAUUUCUCCCAGCUGGAGAAGGUUUUCGUGUGGGGUAAGCUCGUGUAUCUGCCUCAGGAGCUCGUGUGGUGUGGGCGUGAGAUCAACCAGUACCACGACGGCCGAGUCGUCAUCACUCAGCAGGAGUACGUCAAG